AAACAUUCCGUGCUGCUACCUCGAAUCCGCUACCUCGAAUUACUUCGUUAUUUGCUAUCUUUGGGGAAUAAGUCGACUGCAGUAACCUUAACGGCGACGAAGGCAAAGAGCAACAGAAGAGAGAGAGAGAGCGAGGAAAGUAGUAAAAGCUUUGCGCUGAGUUCGCAUCAGCCACCGAGACUUCGCUGAUAGCGUCAUGAAGAACAGCCGAGUCGACGUGCACGUACGCCAGGGAAAGCUACGCGGCAUCGUCCAGGAGAAUGUCCAUGGCGGCUACUACACCGCUUUCCGUGGGAUACCGUACGCACAACCGCCGAUAGGCAAGCUUAGAUUCAAAGAUCCACAGCCAAUGGAUUCAUGGACCGGUGUACGGGACGCCUCGAAAUUCGGCGGCAUCUCGCUGCAAAUGGACCUACUCACACGCGAAAUAGUCGGUACCGAGGAUUGCCUCUACCUGAACGUUUAUGCCACGGACGUCGAGCCGGGGAAGAAGCGCGCCGUGAUGGUGUGGUUGCACAGCGGUGGCUAUACUAAUUGUUCCGGCAAUGAUUUACUGUACGGUCCCGAUCACAUCGUGCGGAAAGACGUCGUGCUAGUCACGCUGAAUUAUAGGCUGAGCGUAUUCGGUUUCCUCAACCUAGAAAACAACGUGGCCUGGGGCAAUCAAGGUAUGAAGGACACGAUAAUGGCGCUGCAAUGGGUUCGCGAUAAUAUAUCGAGCUUUGGUGGAGAUUCAGAAAACAUCACAGUCUUCGGCAACAGCGCCGGCGCAGCUAUAGCGCAUUUUUUGACCACGUGUCCGUUAGCUGACGGUUUAUAUCACAAAAUGAUCAUACAAAGCGGCUCGUUGCUGUGCCCAUGGGCUUUCGACCUACCAGGACGUCAGAAAGCUUUGGAACUCGCUGGGAAACUCGGAAAACAGACCACAAACCUGCAGGAGGUGGGCGAGUUUCUCCAAACGGCCGACGCGAAUGAAAUCAUAAACGUUUGCCAGACGCUCAUAUCGCCCCUCGAAAGCCGAUUGUUCAUGAUCGCAUUUCCCCCCUAUAUGGACCUGAAGUCACCGGAUCCAUUCUUCACGGACGAUCCGUAUGUGUUAGUACAACGUGGAAUUAAAGUGCCACUCAUGCUGGGUUAUACAGACAGAGAAGGGAUCUUCUUCACACGCAGAUUGAAUGAUAAGUCCAUUAAUUUAGUGAAUUCUAAUUUCGAGAAUACUAUACCAAAAAGAGUUAUGGCUGACCUGAAGAAGAAAUCGAUAACGGCUAAUGACAUACGAUAUCUCUAUUUCGGUGAUAAAUCGUUGUCGAAGGAAACUAUGGGGCAUUACGCUGAUUUCCUCACCGACGUACAAUUUCACCGUCCAAUUCAAGAAGUAGCCAAUAUACAAAUGCAACUGGGACACAAAUCGACAUAUCUAUAUGAAUUCUCAUAUGACAGUAAAGAUUCCAUUUUGAAGAAAGCGAUGGACCUCACCGAACCAGGAGCGGCUCAUGUUGAAGACACAUGUUAUUUAUUUUACCCUUACUUAACGAAACGAUUUGAUAUACCACCGUUUACGUCUGAUUCGGAAGAUUAUAAGUUAAUAAACCGUUUUACGCAGAUGUGGACGGACUUUGCUAAAACAGGGAACCCAACACCUGCUGUUACGGACUUGAUUCCGACCACGUGGACACCGUUGAAGCCAGGGAACGUGUUCGAUUACUUAGAUAUCAAUAAAGAAUUGCGAAUGAAAACCGGCCGUAAAGGAGAGCAACGUUGUGAUUGGGAGAAGAUAAGAAACAAACUUUAACAUGCAUCUAUUCAUUAGAACUUUGACUGUAAAGUUAAAUCUUUUUAUGCAUGAUAUUGAGAAAUAUAAAAAAUAACACUACGCGAUGAUAUAAUUUAAAUUUUACUUUUUUGAUCUUUUUAUUCAGGUUACUACGUACUACUAUAUAUAUAAACUUGGUUACUGUUACUAAAACUUACGAU